AUGUUUCCCUCGAAGGUUGAGUUAAAACGAGCUUUGAACAUGUUCACUCUAAAAUACCAUUUUGGGAUAAGAGUAAAAAGGUCAUGUAAAGGUCGUUAUGAGGUUGGUUACAAGGACAAGGCAUGCAAGUUCGGUGUGCGUGCAAUGAAGUUACUUGAAGGAGAAUAUUGGCAAGUUCAGACGUUCCACAAAUUGCACAUGUGUACUGUCGAUAGUUUACAAGGGCGAUUUUCAACGGCGAGUGCAAUGAUAAUUGGUGAACUUAUGUCACACAAGCUUCAAGCUAAUGGAAUAGCAUUGAGACCUAAAGACAUAAUUGGUGAGAUGAAGGUUCAAUGGGAAUUGGAAUGCUUAUAUGGUAAGGCCUGGGCUUGUAUUCGAGGGUUUAGGGAUGUAAUGCGUCGUAUGGUUACAAUUGAUGCGACACAUUUGAAAGGCAGAUUCAAGGGUGUUCUGUUUGUCACUGUAUGCAAAGAUGAAAACGAGUGCGUAUAUCCAGUUGCGUUUGGCAUUAGCCAUGUUGAGGACGAAGACUCGUGGACGUGGUUUCUUAGCAAGUUACAUGAUGCAGUUGGUUGUCCUGAAAAUACUAUGUUCAUUUCUAAUCAGCAUCUUGGCAUUAAGAUAGCAAUCUAA